AUGAACAAUCCUUUCUUGCCCCCUCCAAAGAAGUCCAUGGCGGAGAUGACUCAGGAAGAGCAGGCCGAAGAGGGCGCACGCCAGAUCAUGGAGUUUAUCUCGUCGUGCCCCGGGAAGGCUGUGAUGUCCGGAGUGUCGGGUUUCGUUCUGGGAGGUUUCUUCGGACUGUUCAUGGCGUCCAUGUCUUACGACGUGGCUCCCGGGAUGGGGCCUGGUCCAUCGCAACAGAUUGCAGAUCUGCCUUUCAAACAGCAGGUGAAAAUCCAAUUCACGGAUAUGGGACGGCGAACGUGGUCGUCGGCCAAGAACUUUGGAUACAUUGGACUGAUUUUCUCGGGAGUCGAGUGUAGCAUCGAAUCCUUGCGCGCCAAAAACGAUAUAUGGAAUGGAACAAUGGCAGGAUGCAUAACAGGUGGUGGGCUUGCCAUCAAGAGCGGGCCUACUUCGACGCUGAUUGGAUGCGCUGGUUUCGCGGCCUUCAGUACUGCUAUCGAUUUGUAUAUGCGGAGCGAGAACGGCAAGCCUCCUGCUAAUGACUAUAACGAAUGAUGACUCUAUGCCACAAUAGAUCUCGAUCUUCCCUCUCUUUCCAGCGGCGGUAAGUUGUUGUUGACGAUCUCUGCCUUCGGGUACGUUCCCAUAAGGCCCUUUUUCUGCGCAAAUUCGGACGAUCUGGUGUAUGUUGGGUCGCUCUGAUAGUAUUCAUCUUUGAUAGGGUGCAGGAGCACGGUCUGGCCCUUGACGGUUAGGAUCGAAUUUGACGGCACAGAGAUCCAGUCGCCCCUUUCAAACGUGAGCGGUUCUGAAGCGAUCAUAAUGAUAUCCUGGGAGCGGUCAAGACGUUCCAUUUUGUAUCUGGAAGGUUCGACCUCAAUGAACCGGGAGCCGGUGGAGAAAUACAGCGAAGCUGCCUCGUCUGUUUUCGAGCUCACGUACCGCGAAACACAGAUUGAUUCGCCGUCGGUGACGGCGAAGUUGAGAAGCGAGGGCUCGGCCGGCUGUGUUGGGUUUACUUGUUUGACCCAGUCCUUGAUGAGCUGGAUGGUUGUUUCGAGAGCCUGUCUGAGCGCAUAAUGUGGGAUCUGCUUCUCCUCCUUGGGGUCGUAUCCUAGCUUGUAUAAACAGUCUAAGAACAAUGCAAACGAGCAUUCAGAGUCGGUAGAGCCCUGGAUCGUGAGGAAAAAUUCGUCCUCAAUGUGCUGGAUAAGCAGCCGCUUGAUCUUCCCGAAACCAGAAAUCCCGCCGUUGUGCAUGAACAUGAGCCGGUGGUAUGUGAACGGAUGGCAAUUUGUUUCGCUCAGGACACCGUACGUGGACGCUCUCACGUGGGCAAAAAUAAGCUUUGAUUUCGUCUUCUCUGCCAAUUUCUGCAGGUUCUGGUUGUUCCAAGCCGGUGUGAUCGCCUUGUACACACACGGAGUACCCGAAACCGUCUUGUCUGAGUCCUCGUCUGGGGUAUAGUAUCCCACGCCAAAACCAUCUCCGUUGACGGGCGUGUGGUCGAUCCGGAGCCGGGAAUCAAACGAUUGGUUGAUGAUCGAAUGGGCCGGUCUUGUAAGCAGACUGGCCAGCAACAUAGGCUCCGUGCCCUUGUAAAUUAGAAAUCGG